AGUGAUUGGCUGUGACCACUCCCUCUUCCUCUUCCCUCUGUCCCAUUCCUAAGCUGAGCUACAAUUGACUCAUUCACUGAAUCAGAAACAGCCUUCCAAGCCCCAAGAGCAAUUAUGGACCAAGUCGAGUUGAGCGGUGGUGUGAUGCCCUUGUCUCAGGAAACAGUCAAGAAGCUGAUCCAACAGUCUCAGGAGGCAAAGCAGCAAGCCUACUGUUGUUACAGCAAUUUCAGAGUGGGAGCUGCUCUCCUGACGAAAGACGACACUGUGAUUACAGGUUGUAAUGUGGAGAACGCAUGUUACAAUCUGGGUGUCUGUGCUGAAAGGAAUGCGAUCGCAAAGGCAGUGUCACAAGGCCACAGAAGUUUCAAGGCAAUUGCAAUUGCCAGUGACAUGAAUGACAAGUUCAUCUCCCCGUGUGGUGGCUGCAGGCAGUUCAUGAGAGAGUUUGGAUUACACUGGGAUGUCUACAUGUCAAAGCCCGACGGAUCGUACCUGAAAAAGACUGUGGAGGAGCUGCUACCUGUCUCCUUUGGCCCUGAAGAACUGUCCAUGUAGAAUGUAUUUUGACAUUCCUACUGAGUUCUGAGCCUGCAUUGUUGUAUGAAACACACACAGACACAAGAGUGGUUGACAUGCACAAUAUUUGGUUUAAGGAAGCAACACAGAAAAUGACAUAUCGUAUCCAUACGUUUUAAUAAAUAAACAGUUUUAAAAUGAGUUUCUUUUAAUAAUUUACACUUCAUUUCUCACAGUAGGAUACAGACAAAAAUGAAGUUCAAAGGGCAUACAAGAAGAAAUAUAAGGGUUACAAUGUACUGCAAAUUAUUCAGUUACAGAGUAAGAGGAGGAGAGAGACGGGGUGAAGCAUUUCAGCUGCCAGUGCAAAUUCACUAAACACUUAUUAGUGAUUUUAGGUCUACAUAUUCCAUGCAUUGACAUUUACAGUGGUUUAAGGAAACUGGCUUAAAAAAGAGAAAGUAUAUUGGUUAACAUUUAUCUUUUACCUCUGAUUCAGACAAUCAACUUAAAAAAAAAAAAGAAAGUGAAACCGGCCCCAGACAAAACAGCAAGUGUAAAGACAAAAAGGCAGAUUUGUAACAUUUUGGGUAUGAUUUAUCCAAGAUGAUAUUUAACUUGGCUGCGAGCAUAUUUAAUGUUAAAUCCCGAGACGAACAGCAGCAUGACAUGGCAACUUGGUCUGAGCUUUAAACAGCAGGAAGAAUCCUAUUUAA